AGCAUCUGGGACAGCUCGGCCGUGCUGCGGCGCAUCCGGGGGCCACUCCUCACUCAGGAGAUGCCGUCGGUGUCCGUGCUGGAUUACGCUCUGCCCCAGCGGCCUCCGCAGGCUCGGGAAGAGGAGCGGGACCCCUCGGAGCGGGCGCUGCCCCGGCGCUCCUCGUCCCCCAUCAUCGGGAGCCCCCCGGUGCGGGCCGUCCCCAUCGGCACCCCCCCGAAACAGGCCGCCAUCCCCAACUUCAACCAGCAGAUUCUGUGUCCCAAGCCUGUCCACAUCCGAGCUACCAUGCAGCAGCGCUACCCCGCUCCCUAUGGAGAGAGGAUGUCCCCCAACCAGCUCUGCAACGUUCCGAACUCCUCCCUCCUGGGCCACCCGUUCCCCCACAGCGUCUCUCCCGUCCUCACCCACCUACAGAGGGCCCAGCUGCUCGGAGGAGCCCAGGCCGGCCGAAUGUCCCCCAGCCAGUUUGCCCGGGUGUCCGGCCUGGUCGGGAGCCCCCUUCCCUCUGUGAAUCCCAAGCUUCUCCAGGGCAGAGUCGGGCAGAUGAUGCCUCCGGCCGGAGGGUUCCGUGCCUUUUUCGGGGCUCCCCCCGCUCCGCCCCCCUCGCAGCUCCCGCACCCUCCGGGCCCCGGAUCCCACCUGAGGUCGGUGCCGUCCCUUUCCUGGCCGCUUCCCGGCUCCCGGUGCCCAUCCAUGACUCUUCCUGCUCUUCCCAGGCCACAGAUGUUCCGGCCGGACACGACCCACCUGCACCCGCAGCACCGGCGGCUCCUGCACCAGCGGCAGCAGCAGAGCCGGAACCAGCACCGGAGCCUCAAUGGCUCUGGAGGGGACCGAGGGGGCCACCGGAGCAGCCAUCAGGAGCAGAUCCAUAAGGAUCCCUAUGCCAACCUCAUGCUGCAGCGGGAAAAGGACUGGGUGUCCAAGAUCCAGAUGAUGCAGCUGCAGAGCACUGAUCCUUACCUGGAUGACUAUUACUACCAGAAUUACUUUCAGAAGCUGGAAAAGUUGGCAGCGGCCGAGGAAGUGCACGGGGAUGGUCCCAAGAAGGAACGCACCAAACUCAUCACCCCUCAGGUGGCCAAGCUGGAACACACAUACAAACCAGUGCAGUUCGAGGGCUCGCUGGGAAAACUCACCGUGUCCAGCGUCAACAACCCCCGGAAGAUGAUCGACGCUGUGGUGACGUCCCGCAGCGAGGACGACGAGACGAAGGAAAAGCAGGUGCGGGAUAAGCGACGACAGACUCUCGUCACAAUCGAGAAGACAUACAGCCUCCUCCUGGACGUGGAGGACUACGAACGCCGGUACCUCCUGAGCCUGGAAGGGGAAAGGCCGGCCCUGAUGGGAGAGAGGAAGCAGAAGAUCUGCGACAUGUACGACAAUCUGAGGGGGAAAGCGCCUGGCCAGGACAGGCCGAGUGACGACCACUUCAUGCAGAUCAUGUGCAUCCGGAAAGGAAAGCGCCUCGUGGCCCGGAUUCUCCCAUUCCUGGCCCCAGAGCAAGCGGCCGACGUGCUCAUGGCCACGGCCAGGAACCUGCCCUUCCUCAUCAAGAAGGAUGCUCAGGAUGAGGUGCUUCCCUGCCUGUUGAGGCCCUUUUCCCACGUCCUCUACCACCUUCCCUUGGGAACAGUCACCAGCCUUGUGCAGCAGCUCAUGAACCUACCUCAGAGCGCCGCCGCUCCCACCAACCUGCACCUCACUGCUGUGCUCCAAAACAAGUUCGGUCUGUCCCUGCUGUACUUGGUCCUGAGCCGGGGGGAGGAAUUGCAGAGCUCGGACACGAACACGGAGCUGAUCCAGGACAACCAGUGGACGGAGCUGAUGCUGAUGGCCACCCGGGAGCUCCUGCGGAUCCCUCAGGGAGCCUUGGCCAAGCCCGUGUCCAUCCCCUCCAACCUGAUCUCCCUCUUCUCUCGCUACGUCGACCAGCAGAAGCUGAACUUGCUGGAGACCAAAUUGCACUUAGUGCACGGGAUCCGGUAGAUCUCCGUGGCUCCUCACCGCCACCGGAAUGUUCCAGAGGAAGGCUGGAAGGAAGGAUGGAUAAAUGGAUAGAUGGAUGGAGGGCACACGGUUCACCCUGCACCCCCCAACGCCCGGCCUGGCACGAGGGGCACAUCCUGCCCCCCCAAAUUCCUGGAUGAGUGGGAAAAGGGGGAUGUUUGGCUGCUCCCCUCUUUUCCCACCAAGCGCUGCCUUUCCCUGCCACUCCCAAAUUCCCACUGAGUCCCUCUGCACCCCCAAGCUGCUGCUUCUCCCCCGAACUCUCACACUACUGAGGAUCCCGGAAAGGGGGAGCCCCUCGCUCUGUAUCCUUGGGAUGCCAGGGGUUCCCCCUUCCUUCCCUGCUCCUUCUCCAGCCCUUCCCAAUCCCGCUCCCGGCCUUUCCCAGUGUGAUCACACGUCACACACCUGUUUUGCACACUUGCUGCGUCUUCCCAAAAUUCAGCUCCUUCCCUCACCCCCGGGAUCAGCCCCAGCAGCUCCAGGGAUGGCUCAGCCAGGCCUUUGUCCCCUUCGCAAUCCGGGUGGAUCCAGCUGCUCCUCGGGAAGGUGGUGGUGGUGGU